AUGUGGAAAAUCUUUCUCUUAACUCUCUCCGUGGCGAUUCUGAGUGAAGCUGAUGAGGAGAAGAAGUUUAAGAUAACUCUGGAGAAGGUUGAAAUCGAGACUGAUCCGAGUUUUGCCACAGUCAAAGCCGAGAUUCGCACGGAGGAUGGAAAGACUGUGGUGGAUGCUUCCGGGAAUAUCCUGCAGGAGAUGGAUUCGGGCGUAUUUGUGGACAUUUCCGCGUCAACUGAAAGUGAUCCUGGUCAGUUUAAGCCACUCCUCAAGGCGACAGACAUUGACUUCUGCAAGUACGACGAGAGCAACACGAUGGCUCCGCUGCUCUCCAUGUUCAUCAAGGAUAUUGAGAAGUUUGGCAAUCUCCCGCUGAAGUGUCCGGUGAAGAAGGGUGAAUUUCACAUCAAGGGCUUCAACAUUGCCGAAGAGAAUCUGCCCUCGUACAUUCCGGAGGCGCGAUACUUGAUUGAAUCCCAAAUUCACGUGAAAAAGGAUGGAAAUCGUCACGUGAUUUACAACAGCAAGUGGAUCGCUUUGAUUGCGAAGGAGUAA